AUGGCAUCGCGAAUUUUGGAUUCGAUGACAUGCCAAAACAUACACAUAGAUAAUGUGAAAGUAAAUGGAUUUGCAGAACGAAAAUCAAAUUUUAAUGGAAAAUUGGAUUAUGUGUUCGCCGUUGAAGUGCAGUGGUCGGACGGUAGAAUGUGCUGUGUGAAAAGAACAUACGCUGAAUUUAUAACACUGUGUGAAAAUCUGACAAAAGUUCUGAAAUGUGCCAAUGAAAAUGGGUUGACUAACAGACACCUGGCUAUUCCACGAUUGAAAGGUUGUAAGUGGUAUAUCAAAUACGACAGAUGUUUAGCUGAAUCCAGAGAAGAAGAACUCCAUAAUUUUGCCCAGAAUUUACUACGACAAAAUCCAUCGGUGUCCGAACAUCCAGCUGUUUUGGAUUUUUUUGAGCAACGACCAUCUGAUCCCGUCCCUGGUCACCCGCGACAUCAUAUCUCUCCUCACCAUUACCUAUAUCAAGUUUCAAACCACUUUGAAUGUUGUCUUUUAUGA